CCUCCCUGAAUCUAACGACCGUAAUCGUCAUUGUCUCGCAGAGCAAUACUCAAACGCACUUUCGUCACCAACUUACAAAAAGGGUCUCGUAGCGGCCCAACCAAAAAAAGCGAUAGGGCGCUUUAUUCUGACCGGCAGCGCGUCACAACAGCAAGCAAGUAGUAUACCGGUGUAGCAGGUGCGGCGUGCGUGACGUUUGGGGCCCGUUCGGUGUGGCGACCUGGCGUUGUGGUCGCGACGUGACAUUGCCGCUUUACAGUUCGCGGCCGGGGUCCAGCCAAGCGCGCAUGGCUGCGAGGGCGACAGGGCACGCACCUGGAACACUACCGGGCCAGAAGUAUGGUGUCGGCGAAGUAUUCAGCCGGGACCGUCGGGUUUGUGCUAGGUUCACACUCGCAUCCCAUCCAAGCAGAGAAUGGGCAAGAAAGUGUAUGGAGCGAAAGGGAAGAACGGCGGCAAGCAUGCGGCUGAGGCCAAGUCGCCCGGCUGCGGUUACGUGGUGCAGCCAGCCCCGCAGCUGCUGCGGGCCAUGGUGAACCCGCGCGCUCUGCGCACCAGCAAGGUGCCUCGCUGUGUACCAACUGGCGGGGCAUUGGGCGAGCGGGCAUGCGGGGCCUGGAGCAGCAACACGGUGAACGGCGAGUCGCUGCCUCCAGUGCAGCGACCUGCACCGGCGGCUGUCAAGGCGCAGCAGGCCGUGCUGGCCAAGAUGCGAGCACAGCUGUGGCGCCGGGCGCACCCAUCCGCUGUCCACCAGCACAACCUCAGCGUCAUCAACGCCUGGUCGGAGCAAGUGGCCACGAUGCCAGUCGUGGAUGCUACCUUCGGCUUUGAGCCGGCGGAGGCACCGGCGGAGGCACCGCCCGUGGCGGCGGAGGAGGUGGUGUUGGUGGAGGAGGAUGUAGUGCUGGAGGUGGCGGCGGCCGAUGUGCAGGCAGCAGAGGAGGUGAGGCAUGCGCAGCUUCGCUGACUAAUGUGUAGGGGUUGGGUGCCUCUUUGGGCUGCAAGGCGCUGAAUGUGCUGGGUUGAGUGUGCAGCGCACGACUUGCAACGGCUGUAACUUGUGUCCUGCUGGCAGGCGCGCUGGCGGCCCCGCCCUCCUGUCCCCGCCGACAGCCGGUGGGGUGGCCGCUUCGACGUGCUCGGGCGUCUGCAGGGCAGCGGCGACUGGGCGGACCUGGCCAUUGAUGAGCAGGUGAGCAGGUUCAGGCAACUGCGUGCAUGGGGCACGGUGAAGCGGGUGUGUGCUGUGCCGUAUGCCAACUAACGGGUACCGCAGCCGCAUAGAUGACAUACUCAUGUGCACGACAACGCUCACCGCGUGCCCCAGCCCACACGAGCACGUAAGUACAGUCGCGGGUAACUUUGACCAUAAACCUGUACACGUAAAACUGCCUGCUGACGCGCUGCACCUAUGGGAAGCACCG